CCCCCACCCCUCCUCCUCCUCCCCCCCCACCCUCCACCUCCUCCCCCCCACCCUCCUCCUCCUCCCCCACCCCCUCCUCCUCCCCCCCCACCCCCUCCUCCCCCCCCC